CUAGUAUUAAGCACAAGCCACCCUCAUACACUGAUAUUAAAAUGACCGCUUUUGAGCUCCCAAUGACGUAUGAUGCGUCGACAAAGAAGAUCUCCUUCGACCCUGCGCAGCAGUACGAGGACGAUGACGAGGAGUUCUUGGACAGAGUUAAGCUCGAGAUCAAGCAGCUCAAUGUGUUGGUGGACGACAUCGUGUCCCAUGGCUCGCUUCCAACGCCGCCUACCCCGGACACUACGAACAAACAGUUGACCACCUUGAUCAAGAAGAUGUACGACGGUGGGGUCAAAUCCUUCAAGGCGGAAAAGUACCCCGACGCAGUCAAACAGUUCUCCUUAGGGAUCGAGAUGGUGUCCAGACGUGCCAAGUUUGAGAGCUUCCAGCAAACGUUGCCGGAACUCAACUUGUUCUUGAUGAGCAGAACUGAUUCUUACUUGAAGACGAAGGAGUAUUUGAAGGCAUUCAACGACGCGGACCUUUUGUUGAGCAUUGUGCCAAACGUGCCAGAAAACUACUUGAGAAAAGGCGUGGCGUGCUAUUUCUUGGGCAACUACGAAGCAUCCAAGGCUGAGUACGAGAGGGGGUUAGCGUUCGAUCCGAAGAAUGUGAGAUUGCAGAACGAAUUGAAGGUGGUUAUCGAGCAUCUCAAGACUGAGAACGGGGAGCUUUAGGAAACUUCUGUGUAUAUUAUGCGUAUAAUUGAUUUAUGUGAGCAUGCAAAAGGUGGUUCAACCCAAUAUAUGAAAGAUAGGUUUUAGUUUAUAGAAAGCGUAGUUGGAUAAUUAAGGCGACUAUACUGAUAAACGAGAUUCAUUAUUCAGAUCUGGACAA